CUCCACUGUGCACCGCUCUGGUUGUUGGGUCGGUGAAGCCGCUUUUUGGCUUCGGAGCUCCAAACAAGAGAGAAGCCAGCGCUGAGCUUCUACACUGAGGAGAGUGCACAAAAGGACAUAAAGGAGGAGGAAGAGAAGGACUUGACGCAGAUAAAGAAGAGAGGAUAACUCAUCACCGUAGAAGAAGACUGAAAGGGAGCCUGUAGUGAUGGCUGAGGCACCGCAGCAGCAGCAGCAGCAGCAGCAGCAGCAGGAGGAGGAGGAGGAGGAGGAGCAGCAGCCGAACACUGUGGAGGCGACGGAGACUGACGAAGGGUCUGAGGAACCGAAGGAGAGCGUCCAGACGACACCGACCCGGCCUCUGCUGUCCAUGAGGUCCAUGAGCACUGUGGACCCAGACGACGACUCCCCCAAUAUGAUUGUCUACAGAAAGAUUGAAGACAUUGUCACUCGCAUCCAGGAUGAGACAGAGGGUGUGCCUAUCAGAACUGUCAAAAGUUUCAUGACCAAAAUCCCCAGUGUAGUAACAGGUACAGAUAUUGUGCAGUGGCUGAUGAAGAACCUGUUCAUUGAGGAUCCAGCUGAGGCCAUGCACAUUGGCAGUCUCAUCGCAGCUCAGGGUUACUUCUUCCCUAUCUCAGACCACGUCCUCUCCCUCAAAGACGACGGCACUUUCUAUCGCUUUCAGGCACCGUAUUUCUGGCCAUCCAACUGUUGGGAGCCUGAGAACACAGACUAUGCUAUUUACCUGUGCAAGCGGACCAUGCAGAACAAGACCAGGCUGGAGCUGGCAGAUUAUGAGGCGGAGAACCUAGCCAGGCUGCAGAGAGCUUUUGCCAGGAAGUGGGAGUUUAUCUACAUGCAGGCUGAGGCCCAGGUCAAGAUUGACAGGAAAAAGGAUAAAACUGAGAGGAAGAUCCUUGACAGCCAGGAAAGAGCCUUCUGGGAUGUCCAUAGGCCUGUGCCUGGAUGUGUUAACACGACAGAGAUGGACAUCAGGAAAUGCAGACGCAUGAAGUACCCUCAUAGAGUUAAGAAGUCAGUGUAUGGUUUGGUUGAGGAGGGAACACAGUCUCGGAGUCCCAUACAUACUCCUUCGCACCACUGCAGAAAAGGCACCAAGGAGGAUGUGGAGAAAGAGAUCUUAUUCCUGAACACCCAGCUAGAUCGUCACCGUAUGAAGAUGUCUAAAGUUGCUGAAAGUCUGAUAAGCUACACUGAGCAGUACAUGGACUAUGACCAGUUUGUGACAGCACAGGAACCGUCCAACCCCUGGACCAGCGAUGAUCCCUCCCUCUGGGAUCUGGAAGCCAGUAAGGAGCCCAGUCAACAGCGAAUGAAGAAGUGGGGGUUCUCUCUGGAGGAGGCCCUGAAGGACCCUUCAGGACAGGAGCUCUUCCUUAAAUUCCUGGAGUCAGAGUUUAGCUCAGAAAACCUGCGGUUCUGGUUGGCAGUGCAGGACCUGAAGAGGAUGCCCCAGCAGGAUGUGGCACAGAGGGCACAAGACAUUUGGGCAGAAUUCCUAGCCGAGGGAGCACCCAGCUCCAUCAACCUAGACUCCCACAGCUACGAACGCACAAGCCAGAACCUGAAAGACCCUGGACGAUACAGCUAUGAGGACGCACAGGACCACAUCUACAAGCUGAUGAAAAGUGACAGCUAUACACGCUUCCUGCGCUCCAAUGUGUACCAGGACCUGCUGAUGGCAAGGAAGAAACCUGAAACAGAGCAGGGGCGACGCACCUCUCUGGAGAAGUUCACUCGCAGUGUGGGCAAGUCACUGACGGGCAAACGACUGACGGGCCUCAUGCAGUCGUCCUGACAAGGCCUGGAUGAAGAGUAGGAGGAACCAUACCCAGAAGAGCUGCUUACCCUGGGGGGCCAGGUGGCUAAGGACCCUGGGGUAUUUGGGUGUGGCUGUGGGAAGCGGUUGAGGGCACCAAACGAGCCGAAACCGCUGGUUUGGACCGUCACCACGUUUGAAACUCACCUCAGAUCAGUUCAAGAGAGCUGACAGCAUGCAAUAAGUCACCAUACCUGACACCAGGACAGUGCUGUCACAGUGUAGAGGAUAAACACUGCUACUCUUCUUAGGUUUCUACUCAAAAGCCUGCACCACACUAGGCUUUAUUUCUCUCUUGUUGUUUUUCUCUACUAUCUACACUAAUAUGGUAGCUGAAGAGGCUAUCGCUUUACUUACAGUGAUAUAAACAUGGAAUGCUUGAAUGCAAAUGAGACUUAGAUUAAUACUGUAGCUAGUUGUUUUAUCUCACGUCAUUCUCUAGGAUGAUAUAAGGGAAUGAGGGAUGAAGAGUAAACUUUAAUGGUGGGACAGGUGGAGUAGUACACCAACUCUUUAGUAUAUGAGCUUUUUGGUCAAUCUGCUGAUAUGGGAUGACACAGGAUAAAUAGCCUCUGUGUGUCCAGUAGUGGUUUACAAUGUGUGUUUACAUUUAAUUCAAGCUAAUGUCUGUUUUUAUGCUCAUUACAGACUGAUUAAAACUACAGAUGGCAACUUGUAUGAUUUCUCCUGUAAACACCUUGACCUGCUCUGGUACUGUAGGUCAUUCCUGGAAAGCAGGUAAACAGGAAAUUAUAAUGUUUUCUUCAUUUUUUUGCUGUUUUGGAGUGUCACGGUACUGGCAAAAAACCUUCUUAAAUUAUCGGACAUCUAUGAAAAAAAAUCAAAUUUCAUGAAUUAUCACUGCCACCGUCUGUAUUUACUAACAUUUCUCCAAAGCCUUGUAAUAACUGCACUGAACAGACAGAGGUGUAAUGUUGUUGUCAUAAAAAGGUAAGGACUGGUUGAUAAUUUUCCAAAAACCACUGUAGGACUUUAAAUAAGCGAGCUGAUGUAACGUUAAGCUUUACUUCUGAACAUUCCACUUCAGGCAGCCACAACAAGGCUCUAGUGGGCUGGCCUCUAAUCAUUAUCCACCUUAUGUAAAGAGGACCAUGAUAAUAAAAGAGGAAUGCACAAUAAAGUGAGCGAUUUCGCCUGUUA